AUGGCUAUGGGGCGCCAGCUAGGCAGGGGCAGAACCAGGAUUCAGAGUCGAGCAGUUAGGGAUGGAGGCGGCGAGCUGUCCGCGGAAGGACACCCAGCAAGGGGGAGGGACGUCCUGUCUGGACCCCGGACCCAGGACCCCAGACCCCGGACCCAGGACCCAGGACCCAGGACCCCGGACCCUGGACCCAAGACCCCGGACCCAGGACCCAGGACCCAGGACCCAGGACCCCGGACCCCAGACCCCGGACCCAAGACCCAGGACCCCGGACCCCGGACCCCGGACCCCGGACCCAGGACCCAGGACUCCGGACCCCGGACCCCAGACCCCGGACCCAAGACCCAGGACCCCGGACCCUGGAUCCCGGACCCAAGACCCCGGACCCAGGACCCAGGACCCAGGACCCAGGACCCCGGACCCAGGACCCCGGACCCCGGACCCAGGACCCCGGACCCUGGACCCCGGACCCCGGACCCGGGACCCGGGACCCGGGACCCGGGACCUAGGACCCCGGACCCCGGACCCCGGACCCAAGACCCCGGACCCAGGACCCAGGACCCAGGACCCCGGACCCCGGACCCCGGACCCGGGACCCGGGACCCGGGACCUAGGACCCAGGACCCCGGACCCCGGACCCUGGACCCCGGACCCCGGACCCCUGACCCAGGACCCAGAACCCCGGACCCCGGACCCCGACCUGGACCCGGGACCCGGGACCUAGGACCCAGGACCCCGGACCCCGGACCCUGGACCCCGGACCCCGGACCCCUGACCCAGGACCCAGAACCCCGGACCCCGGACCCCGGACCUGGGACCCGGGACCCGGGACCUAGGACCCAGGACCCAGGACCCCGGACCCUGGACCCCGGACCCCGGACCCCUGACCCAGGACCCAGAACCCCGGACCCCGGACCCCGGACCUGGGACCCGGGACCCGGGACCUAG